AUGAUGGAGUUAUCGUACGGCAUAGCCAUCAGUGUGCUCACCGCUGUGGUCUUCACCUGGGGCUGCUCAUUCACCAAGCUGCUGCGAAGCACUGCAUGGAGCAAACAAUCGCUGCCGGAUGCCAAGACAUUCACAACAACGCUGCACAACUUGCGGUCGAGCCUUACCCGGAUACACGGCUUGCCUUGUGGUCGAUAUGCGGAGAAUAAGAAGACACACCUGGCUGAGUGCUUGUGGCAAGGCACAAAGGGCACUGGCUCAAGCAGAAGUCUCUCCGCACUCGAUAUCUUAUUGACACCCAUUUUGGGACUUCACCUCCUGACCCAGGCCAUGCUUUGGCAGCCACAUGGCAAAGACGACCCCGAACUCAUUGUAACUCACUCACACAGCAACCCAUUGACCAACAGCUAGAGCGGACCAACGCACCGGUGUGAUCCCAGGACUGUGGCUACUACUGCCAGGACAAAGCA